AAGUCCUGAAGCUGAAUUUGAUCAAGUGCGUCUUGACUUCACUUUUCAGCCAUGGCAUUCUUUGAUCCGUCCAAUAUGGAGAACAGCACUUCGUUCCACAUGUCCAGUAUCCUAACUGGCAAUAACGCUAGCCGGAUAGCCCAGCCCCCGUCUACCAUGUCAAUGCCGCCCGUCAUCAACAUUGCUCCACCUUCCCAAGGCAUUACUAGCCUAACGCCGAUUACGGACAACAAGGGCACCUUCCUUCCGCCGCCAUACCCGCUUGGUUCCGCACCGGAACUGCUCUCCCCGUCUAAUGGCGAUGCUGAGACGCCCGUUAGUGCCGACGCCGCCAGGAAUGGGUUUCAUCUAGCUGCAGCUUUCCCUCCUGUCAAUGCCACAGAAACGCCCCUGGCAACGACAGUCACACCCGGAACUGAUGUCAAGGUGGAGGGUGGACAGAGCCAUUCCGCUGCAUCCACUCCCACAGAGGAUGGACCCAAUGGCGAUGCGGGUAACAUGAAAAAGCGGAAACCAAGAGCUCUGUUCACACGCCAACAAGUCAUCGAGUUGGAACGACGCUUCAAAGCCCAGCAAUAUGUAUCCGCACCUGAGCGACAGGAAUUGUCCGCCAGACUGAGACUGACCGAGACCCAGAUCAAGAUCUGGUUCCAGAAUCGACGAUACAAGUGGAAGCGAAGCUUCACGGAGGCUGCAGCCAAUGGUCAGCACAUUGCCCCUACAACAGGAAUGGGUGGACCAGCUGCUCUUGCCAACCCAUAUCAUGGACAACCGCUGGUGCCCCGGCCAGUUGCACCAUAUGGACUAAAUCCUAUGUUCUAUGGGGACCAGUUCAGCCAGGCGCAACUGCAAGCAGCACAAGCUGCUGUAGCCCAAGGACAGACUGGCGUCUCUAUGGCAGGAGCGAUCCCGCAAAUGCAAAUGCCAGCACAGCAGCUAAUGCAGUUCCAGGCAUCAGCUAUGGCUGCCGCUAGCAGCGCUCCACCCUCUACCAUAAUGCAGCAACCGCAGCAGGCCAUGCAGAUGCAAGCUCCAGGAACGCAUGGUGCACCACCAACCAUGCAAGGUCCCUCUUGGUACUCUGCUCCGUACUAGCGUCGCAGCAGUACAUCACUACAUAAUUAUAAGAAAAGAAAAGUACUAGAAGUAGUUCUGCUGAACUAUUUUGGAAUCUGGGCAUCAAGUCUCUGGCACUGCGCCACUACGUGUCAGUUACGAAGGUACUUGUAAUGUUGUCUGUGUUGUCCAUAUGUACAGUCGGUAGUAACUAACUUUCUGCAACACAAACUAAAACGGUGCAAUAGCUGCUGUAGUACAAAACACAAAUUUUGUUACGUUAGAAGUAUUGCCAUGGAGAUACACGAUGGCAGGUCUUGUGCAGUCCUUAUUUGUCAAAUUCAAAGCUGUAUAUAAUUUUUGAUUUAUGGAAUACUUCAUCGCUUUCUUGCUGCAUAGCCAGGCAUCCAAUGGCUGUGUACAUUCUUGGUGCUCUCUGAUUUCUUAGCCGUUGAAGUAGUAUUUAUCCUUCUUGUUCAAGUCAGUCAACAUUGUGUGCUUUGAUGUACAUAAUGAUUGUUUGUCUUGAUUUACAUGCUGUUGAAAAGCUUUACAAACCCCUACGCUGCUUUCAUGAUCAUUUCCUUUGAGCCCAAAGUGGAAAAGAUUCUAAAUCUAAA